AUGUCGACUAGCGGACUCAAAGCGAUCGCUCCGGUGCCCAAGGCAUCGGACUUCCUCGAUAUCGUUCUCUCGAAAACGCAGCGGAAGACCCCUACUGUUAUCCAUAAAAACUUCAAGAUUAGCCGUAUCCGUAACUUCUAUAUGCGCAAGGUCAAAUUCACGCAAGAUUCGUUCGAUGAGAAGCUUGGCGCAAUCUUGGAGGAGUUCCCAAUCAUCGAUGAUCUUCACCCUUUCCUCUCAUCUCUCCUCAACGUUCUCUACGACAAGAAUCACUACAAGCUCGCUCUGGGUCAACUUCGCACCGCCCGCCAUCUUAUCGACCAGGUCGCGAAGGACUACGUCCGUCUCCUCAAGUUCGGCGAUUCCCUCUACCGAUGCAAGCAGCUCAAGCGCGCCGCCCUCGGUCGUAUGGCCACUAUCAUGAAGCGGCAGAAUGAAGCGCUCGAAUUCUUGGAGGAGGUCAGGAAACAUCUCUCACGUCUUCCCGCUAUCGACCCUACCGCCCGUACCCUCCUCAUUUGUGGAUACCCCAAUGUUGGAAAGUCGUCCUUCCUCAACAAAGUCACUCGCGCAGAUGUCGACGUACAGCCGUACGCAUUCACGACCAAGUCGCUCUUCGUCGGCCACCUCGACUACCGCUACAUGCGCUGGCAAGUCAUCGAUACCCCCGGUAUCCUCGAUCACCCCCUCGAGGAGAUGAACAAUAUCGAGAUGCAGAGCAUCACCGCGCUUGCCCACCUCAAGGCAUGCGUAUUGUACUUCAUGGACCUUUCGGAACAGUGUGGCUACUCCGUCGAGGCGCAGUGCCAGCUUUUCCAUGCGAUCAAGCCGCUCUUCGCGAACAAGCCCACCGUGCUCGUCCUCAAUAAGGUCGACGUUGCGCGUUUGGACGACCUCGCGCCCGAGCGUCGCGCGAUGGUGGACGAGAUCAUCAAUGCGGAGGGUGUCCGGCACGUCCAGGUUUCGUGCUACACCGACGAGGGCGUCACCGUGCUGAAGACGACGGCGUGCGAUGCACUUCUCGAGCACCGCGUCGACAUGAAGUUGAAGGGCAACAAGGUCAACGGGAUCUUGAACCGUCUUCAUGUCGCCCAGCCCAAGCCACGCGACGACGUCGUUCGUGCGCCGUUCAUACCCGACGCCAUCAAGGAGCGCAAAAAAUAUGACCAAAACGAUCCAGAGCGUCGUCGCCUCGAACGCGACGUCGAGGCUGAGGAGGGCGGCGCAGGGGUCUACAACAUCAACCUCAAGAAGAGCUACUUGCUUGAGAAUGAUGAAUGGAAGAACGACGUCAUGCCUGAGAUUAUGGACGGCAAGAACAUUGCUGACUUCAUCGACCCCGAUAUCCUCGAGAAGCUCGAUGCGCUGGAGCGGGAAGAGGAGAAGCUUGAGGCUGAAGGCUUCUACGAUUCCGAGUCUGACAUGUUUGACUCGGACGACGAGCGCGAAGCGGUUGCAGCCAAGUCGGCGCGCGAGAAGAAGCUCAUUUCGCAGAGCACGAAGAAGGCGAUGAAGAACCGGGCCGCGCUCCCUCGCACAGCCGGUUUGCGUACUCUCUCUGAGCUCACAUCAGAGAUGACGAAGGCCGGCCUCGAUCCGAGUAGGAUACAGGAGCGCGCGGAGAUACUUGCGAAGGUCGCCGGCGCGAAGCGGAAACGCCAGCGCGAGGAAGACGAGGCGCAGAUGGAUGUGGACGAGGAUGCCGAGAUGGGCGACGGGGGCGAGGACGAGUGGAUGGACGUCGAUGGAGAGGAGGCCCCGCGGCUGAAGAAAGCGAAGGCGAACUCGGGCGCUGUCGCUGCGAAGGGCGCGAGGCAUCCGAGGUCGAAUCGUCAGCUUGCGGGUAUGCGGGACGAGGCGCAAGCAUCAAAAGCUGUCAAGUUGCGGAAUCUCGGGCAGAGAGAGCGCAACAUGCAGGCACGCGCGGGAGAGAGCGACCGCGCUAUCAAGACCAAAAUGCCAAAACAUCUAUUCGCUGGGAAGCGGAAGAUGGGCAAGACGGAUCGUCGGUGA